AUGCCCUCAGAGACUACCCCAAAUUCGCCAUCCGUGGCUCAUGAUUUACUUUACAAGUUCUAUCCCCACGUGGACACACUCCUUGAAUAUUUCAGUACCAUAAUCGAAGGAUUCUGUGUCACUAUUGAAAAGUCUCCCGAUUACUCCGAAGAAACACGCCAUGAUCUUAAUCAUCUAUUACGCUCCACUUUGGUUGGAUACCAUAAGCCUCUCGAUCCUCCCCAAUUUCGGCCUAUGGCUGCUGAGAUGUCCCAAGAAGAGGUGAUAGAUCGUGCUCAGGCCAUCAUCUUUAGGUCGUUGCGGGGCAAAUGUAGCAAUGUGUUGUGCUUUGGCUAUCGUCAGGCUGAGCAGCGAAAUGAAUUUGGCAAGAUUGGUGCCCAUAAUGGUGCUAUUGCGAAUUUCUUCACCAAUACGAUGGUCACGGCUCUGCAAUCUCCUGCGUGGAGGUCGCUGCUGCAGAUGAUUGGGGAACAACCUAUGAUAUAUAUACUGUCUCAGACCAGUAUUUUCCUUGCUCUUCCCAGUGAUAAUGAUUGCUUCGUACAAGCCACGGGCACGAUAAUCACAGACUUAGAGCAAAUAACAAACAAACAGCCUGAAAAAGCCUCCUUACGAAGUCCAGCAGACAUAAACCUCGUUCGAACGCGGAUGUUUUACGGACUGCCCAGGCUAACCUCCAACUCCAGAGCCCAACUAGGACUGCCUCAUGGAAAUGUUCUGAACCGUGUCUUGGAUCGUGGGGGGAAGUCGGUAAGCAGCGAUGACACUCGAGCAAUAGAAGAAGCUGCUCGACAUGUAGCUAAAUACAUGUUCCCAUUACAAUUUGGCUUGCACAAUGUCUUUACGUGUACACUCCAUUACUGGGAAAAUGGUGGCCGUUUUCGAGAUUACGGCGAUCGCGAGGCUGAAAUAAAGGACCGAGGUUCAUGCAAGACACCUAAGCGAUUAAAGCACAUAUUGCCAUUGAUACAGAGUUUAAUCAGGCGACAUCGGCGGUUCAACUACCAACGUGUGUGUCUGGCUAUAUGCCGAUCAAGGGUUGAUGUCUCAACUUCGUCCGAGCUUGACCAAUCAAAAAUUCUCGAGCUUAUGUCCGAAUACUCACACUCGAUCACUACCAACUGCAUGAUCUCCCAAAUACCAGACAAGUCUUAUCAAAUUUCUCAUCCUAGUCUUGUCCUCCCACACGGGGCCUCUGAAGCUGCCCUCGAAGUAAAAUUGAAGCCUCGUUUUGUCGAGUUUGCAUGUUCUCAUCACGAGGUCUUGCGCUACAUCAAUACCGUCGUGGAUGAAGUGAUACCCCAUGCCUUUUGGGGUAGUAAUGCCAACAGAAGAAUUAUCCAUGAGCAUAUUGAAACUAUCAUUACGCAGAGAAGGUUUGAAACGGUCACAUUACAUCAAUUGAUACAACGGUUACGACUAGCCGACUUUGAGUGGCUAGGGCAAACCUCCGAUCGUCGAGUCUGUCAAUCAGAUGCACUGAAACGAACACAACUCCUCUGGGAGUUUAUAUAUUGGUUCUUUGACUCGUUUCUGACCCCGCUAGUCAAGUCAACCUUUUACGUUACGGAAACUUCUGCACUUCAACACCAGCUUCUCUACUUCCGACACGAUGAUUGGCAUAGGCUUUGUAUUCCAUUACUAGACAAACUGAGUGGAGAAACUUUUGAGAGGAUUGACCCUUCAGAGCUUGACUAUUCCCGUAAAUUGGGUGUGUCGCACGUCCGAUUACUUCCUAAAGAAACAGGCGUUCGCCCAAUCGUUAACCUCGGACGAAAAGCAAAACUGAGGUCAUUUAAAGGAAGCAAUUUGGAUAAGCCCAUGCAAUCAUCAGUCAAUCAGGUACUCAACGCCGCCUUUCAUAUAUUAAACUAUGAAAAGUCCCAAAAGCCCGAAUUACUGGGUGCAUCGGUUUUUGGAGUGAACGAUAUAUACCGCAAGUUAACUACAUUUAAGGCAAGCUUACGGCGCCCCAAUGGAAAAAUGCCGAAGUUGUACUUUGUGAAACUUGACGUAAGAGCAUGUUUUGACAGCAUCGAUCAAGGUAAACUCCUAGAGAUCUUGAGAGAUACAUUGACGCAGAAAGGAUAUAUGGUUCGCAAGUUUAGCCAACUUCAGUUCUCAACAGGCCAACCUAGACGCACGUUUCGCAAGCGGGCAGUACCAGACUGGGACCAUACACAUUUCAUGACAUACGCCACUAAACUAGCUGCUUGCUUGCGGCAUGUUAUAUUCGCCGAUCAGGUCGUUUACGGGUUCGAUUAUCUAGAAGAUGUCUUAGACCUACUUGAAGAACACAUCACCGAUAAUAUUGUCCGGAUUGGGACAGAGCUCUACCGCCAAGUCGUGGGGAUACCUCAAGGCUCUGUUUUAUCGACUCUACUAUGUGCGAUAUUCUACGGUGAUUUAGAGAGGACGAAGCUUGGGUUCACAAGAGACGAAGGCAAUCUCCUCCUUCGUUUUGUUGAUGACUAUCUUUUCAUAACGACCGAUAUCACUGCGGCACGCAAGUUCCUAAACAUCAUGCACGAAGGCACGCGGCACCCCGAAUAUGGCUGCAUAGUUGCCGAAGAGAAAACACUAACCAACUUUGUAGAUGUAGAGGUCCCAACCUUGGUUUUAGCCCCUGAUACUGACUAUUUCCCCUGGUGCGGAAGAGUUAUAAAUAUGAAAGAGCUUUCGGUGCAAUGGGAUUAUAGUCGAUAUAGUGGUAGGCAUGUUGCCCACGGACUUACUGUCGAUUACGGGCGUCAACCAGGAAUGAAGUUCAAGACAAGGUUCCUCCAAAUGGCUCGUCAACACUGUCAUGCGAUGUAUUUCGACUCGGCUUUGACAUCACUAUCGAACCUAUACGUGAAUGUAGCGCAGAAUUUUUUCUGGAUUGCCAUGAAGAUGUACAACUACGUCAGAGAAUGGAAUAUCGAAGUGGAUCAGCACGUAGCAUUUAUUAGUAAUAUCAUCACUCAAUCAGUACGAUACGCAUUCACUUCAAUGCGUUCGCGGAUGAACGGAGCAUUGGCUCGAGACAUGGGCGCCAAAUGCGAAUUCGACAGCUCCUCUAUUCAAUGGUUUGGACAGCAUCAUUCACCUACUGAUCUUAAACUCACACCCGGUUGUUCCUAG